AUGGCUUACUGUGAUGUGUUUACAGUUAGAAGAGAGAGUCCUGGCCCAGCCCUUCCAGUGUCUGCUGCUGUGUCUGAGCUGAGGCUGGUGCUGCUGGGAGGGAGCACAUCUGGGAAGAGGGCAGCAGGAGACCUCAUCCUGGGCACAGACACAUCCACAGAGACCCAGCACAGUGAGAAGAGACAGGAGGAGGUGGCUGGGAGGCGGGUGACCGUGGUGGACACUCCAGACUGGUUCUGCAGUGGACUCUCUGAGAAGGACAUGAGACAGGACGUGGGGCGUUGUGUCCGUCUGUCCGCCCCAGGACCUCACGCCUUCCUCCUGGUGAUGCCAAUGAAGCCAUCUGAAGGGGAGGAGAAGAGGAUGCGGAAGAAAAUGGAGGACAUUUUUCGGGAGGGCUGUUGGGGACACACACUGAUCCUCUUCACCCAUACUGGGAGACUGAGCGAGAAGAGAGUGGAGGAGUUGCUCCAGACAGGGAGCAAGGAGCUCCGACAGCUGGUAGAGAAAUGUGAGAACAGGUAUCACCUACUCAACAUAAAGGACAGGCCUGAUGACACUGAGAUCACACAGCUGCUAGAGAAGAUAGACAAGAUGGUGUCCGGAAACAGAAAGAAAUUCUACAGCAGUGAGACCUAUGAGGACGCAGAGAGACAGCGCACAGACAUAGAGAGAAGGAUAGAGAAGGAAUGGAGGAGUAGAGGUGUUGGAGAGAAAAGUACAGAGCUAGAGAAGCUCCUGCUAGAACAACGAGAGCUAGAGAGAGAGAACGGGAGGAUGGAGGACAUGCUGUAUGAGAAAGACAGAGAGAUCGAGAGGAUGAGACUGAAACUGAAGGAAUCAGGCAUCAGCACAACAUGA